AUGGCUCUCGACCACGACUUUGGGCUACUUUCACUGACCGACCCUCCUGACGAGAUCAGAGAGCUCUUGGACGAUGAUAUGUCUGGUUUUCCUAGUUGGCGCAAUAUAGACAAUGGCAACAAGUUCUACAUGUGGAACGUCCGAGAGGUGAGCAACCCGGAGGCAUUCAACCGGAAAACGAAGGAGUUGUUGAGCGAACUAGCGGAGAAGGCGUACGGGGUGAACAGUUUGUACGCGACCGGGGAGACGGAGCUGGGCGGGGGAUCGUCGACGGAGAAGCUAUACGGCUUGGUUCAGUGCACUAGGGAUCUCUCCGGCGAGGAUUGCAAGAAGUGCUUCGACGGCUCCGCCGGAGAGCUCCCAAACUGUUGUGAUUCCAAAGAGGGCGGGAGAGUUAUGGGAGGGAGUUGCAAUUUUAGAUAUGAAAUCUAUCCUUUUGUGAAUGAUGCUUGA